UAAACAGCUGCACAAGGAACAAUUUGAGGUAAAAAUAAUGAUAAUGGAUCACAAAGCAUGCUAUAGUUCCAAAUGAGUGUUUUAAAAUCAAGCUUGGCAGGUCGUUUUGUGUCUUCUUUGGUAAUAUUGUCAUCUCUGUAAAUUCUUUUUAACUUGUCUGAUAAAGCAGCAGGAACACACGAAGUAAACGAAGGUAAAAACAACCAAAGCUCAGCCUGGUUUGCUUUGUUAGAAAAUAUUCUUGACCAAACUUUAACAGCGAGGAAGAUUCAGAGACGUGACAGUUCUUUCAGUCACAAUGAGAAGCUCUGUGGCGUUUUGCCUGGCUGUCAGCUUUGCCACGUUUGGAUUUGGCGUCUCUCUGCAGUGUUAUUCCUGCCCAGAUGGAUCCUCCACCAGCUGUGAGGUCACUCAGGAGUGUAACCAGGGAGAAGACGGCUGCCUCAAACUCACCAGCGGAGAAAAGACCUACACCCGUUGUCUGAGGUACACAGACUGUGACUUCAUGACCCUGGCCGUUAGAUACUCCCUCCCUGACUUCACCUUCGACUGCUGUCAGUCCAAACUCUGCAACAGCCAAAACAAAAGUUUCUUUCAGAAGAUGAAAGAUUUGUUUGGUUAAAUCAUGAAAGAAAAUUUCAGUCUUAAUUGCAACCUUUAUUUGCUGAACAUUGUUCUAAACUCAACAAAAGAAUCUUAAUAAACUGUGCGAUGACUUCUUAAAGCA